AGAACAUGACUUUAAAUAGAACCAUGAGAAAACCUGUAGAAAACAAUAUGCUGAAGUACUGAAAUUCCCACCUAAGAAACAUACGGUUCUCAAAACGUAAUGUGCCAGCUGGGUAUCCUGCACCAUUCCCAGAAUGUUGUGGGAAGGUUGUAUGCAAAAUAACCAUAGGACACCCACGCUCUCACCAAGCUCUAAGAAACAUAUGGUUCUCAGAACGUUAUGUGCUAGCAGGGUCUCAAGUAAUUAGCCAACAGUCACUUUCAGUUUACACAUUUACACAAAACUUCCUCAAAUUUCUUUUUUUGUAACAGGAAAUGUACACAUAAUACUUUUGACACCACUCUUGUUAUAACUGCUUUUAAUAUAUGUGCCGGUGCCAUGGUCACUACUAGUGUUUUCCUUGGACCUGUAGCCUUCUGUUUUGGCACCUCUUUUCACCACACAAUGAGACCAUUAAUGUGGAUUGAGAUGAUGCUCAUUUUGUCUCAGGCCUCUGGCGCUAGUGGUGUGGAUUGGAAAGUUAAUUACCCAAAGGUUGUUCCUACCAAUAUGGAAGAUGAUGUGACCAUACCAUGCAAUGUUACCUAUCCCACGUCCCCAUCUAAAAAGCCUAUCCAGGCCUACUGGAAACGCCUGGGACCAACUAAACUAAACAUCACUGAUAAUGACAAGAAUGAAUUCCUCUAUCACCCCAACAACACAUUCGUCAUCAAGAGUUUUCAGACCAGGACCAUGCUGAUAGGAAAUGUCAGUAAGGGAAACUGCUCCCUGGAGAUCAAGAGAAUUCAAAAUGGCGACACGGGGCCCUUCUACUUCAGAAUUGCCACUGGAGCCAACAACUUCAGUUUUAUUAAAGAACUUGUCUACAUUAACAUAUCUGGAACCUCCGGGACUAUUCCAACCAUACCAAAGGACAAGUCAAACACAGUUGAUUUCACGACUACUGUCCCACUAACCUCCACAGAACUGCGUAAGGAAGGGCUGUCCAUGACCAUAUCUAUUGCCAUUGCGGUCCCAGUGGUUGCAGUUCUACUGGUUUCUGUAUUGGGGAGUGUUUGGUUCUUUCAAGUACAGGAAAAGGUCCAGGUGUGUCGUCACUAAGCAAGAGUCUGGAUAUUAUGCUAAUUUCACCAUCACAUCUCCAACGACCAAACCUGAAAGAGUCAAAACUACAAAGAAGAAAGAUGACACCCAAGUUCCUCCUCCAAAGGUCAUCGAUGAGCCCGUCUAUGGCAACGUCCAGGGUCCAAACGAUCCGAUGAACAGUAUGGAUCAAAUGGACAGUGUAUAUGCAAAUGUUGAUGAUGUAAAACAGUGAUAAAGCCGCAACUCAGACAACAGCAUUGCUUAAUAAUACUUGUUGUGUGUUUGUUUGUUUUUAUCUUGAUUGUUUUCUUGUCUAAAGGCAGCUUACAGAGUGUCAGCCCUCAUUUCUCACAUCCUGUUUGACUUUCACUUGGUUAGACAAUAAUAUGUGCAGUUUGUUUGUUAAAUGUAAUAUACAGUGGGGAGAACAAGUAUUUGAUACACUGCCGAUUUUGCAGGUUUUCCUACUUACAAAGCAUG